UGGUCGUGGGUGGUUUUUGUUUGGAGACAAUGGCAUUUCGUUUGGAGCUUGUCUUCUUGGUUUCCCUCUUUUGUUUGGGUUUUACUUUGGCGAAUUCCGAUGAUGGAGCAACACUAAUGGAGAUGAAGAAGUCGUUUAAGGAUGUUGACAAUGUUCUAUAUGACUGGACGGAUACCCCAUCGUCAGAUUAUUGUGUUUGGAGAGGAAUCACUUGCAACAAUGUCACCUUCAAUGUCGUUUCGCUUAAUCUAUCUGGUCUAUAUCUUGAUGGGGAAAUCUCAACUGCUAUUGGAAAUCUCAAAGAUCUCCUCACCAUUGACCUCAAAGGAAAUCGGCUAUCCGGACAAAUACCGGAUGAGAUUGGUGACUGUUCUUCGUUGAAAAGCCUGGACCUGUCUUUUAAUGAGUUGUACGGAGACAUACCUUUUUCAACCUCAAAACUGAAUCGGCUGGAGUUCCUAAUUCUGAAGAACAAUCAGUUGAUUGGACCUAUACCUUCAACUCUGUCACAGAUUCCAAACUUGAAAGUUCUGGACCUAGCACAAAAUAAACUCAGUGGCGAAAUCCCGAGGCUCAUCUAUUGGAAUGAAGUGUUACAGUAUCUUGGUUUGCGAGGAAACAAUCUGGUCGGUACACUCGCUCCAGACAUGUGCCAGCUGACUGGCUUGUGGUACUUUGAUGUGAGAAACAAUAGUUUAACUGGGAGCAUCCCUCAAAAUAUAGGCAAUUGCACUGCCUUCCAAGUCUUGGAUUUGUCAUACAACCAGCUGACUGGGGAAAUUCCAUUCAACAUUGGGUUCUUGCAAGUAGCUACAUUGUCUUUGCAAGGUAAUCUUCUUUCGGGGAAGAUUCCGUCUGUUAUCGGACUUAUGCAAGCCCUUGCUGUAUUGGAUUUAAGCUGCAACAAGUUGAGUGGACCUAUCCCUCCCAUCUUAGGGAACCUGACCUACACAGAAAAAUUAUAUUUGCAUGGCAACCAACUGACUGGAUUGAUUCCCCCUGAGCUUGGGAAUAUGACAAAGUUGCACUACUUGGAACUAAAUGAUAAUCAUCUUACAGGUCGUAUUCCACCAGAGCUUGGGAAGCUAACAGAACUGUUUGAUCUGAAUGUUGCUAAUAACAAUCUUGAAGGGCCUAUUCCUGAAAAUCUUAGCUCAUGCACAAAUCUCAACAGCCUCAACGUGCAUGGAAACAAGUUGAAUGGAACCAUUCCACCUGCUUUUGAAAGGCUAGAGAGUAUGACCUAUUUGAAUCUCUCCUCGAAUGAUAUUAAGGGUGUUAUACCGAUUGAGCUUUCACGAAUCGGUAAUUUAGAUACGCUGGACAUUUCUGGUAACAAAAUUAGUGGCUCUAUUCCUUCAUCCCUCGGCGACUUGGAACACCUUUUGAAGCUGAAUUUAAGCAGAAAUCAUUUGAGAGGAACCAUUCCAGGAGAGUUUGGCAAUCUAAGAGGUGUUAUGGAAAUAGACCUUUCGAAUAAUCAUCUCUCGGGCGCUAUUCCCCAGGAACUUACACAGCUUCAGGACUUGUUCUCAUUGAGGCUGGAAAACAAUAACUUAUCCGGAGAUUUGACGUCCCUUAUCAGCUGUGACAGUCUUACCAUCUUGAAUGUGUCCUAUAACAACCUUGCUGGCGAUAUUCCCACAAGCAACAACUUUUCAAGGUUCUCGCCAGAUAGUUUUAUUGGAAAUCCCGGGCUUUGCGGCUAUUGGCUUUCUUCUCUAUGCCAUGGAUCUCAUCCCACAGAGAGAGUUGCAAUCUCUAAAGCAGCAAUCCUCGGCAUCGCGCUCGGUGCUCUUUUGAUUCUUCUAAUGAUCUUGAUUGCUGCAUGUCGCCCCCACAACCCUACACCCUUUGCAGAUGGAUCAUUGGAUAAGCCAGUUACUUACUCGAGACCAAAACUGGUGAUCCUACAUAUGAAUAUGGCACUUCACGUAUACGAGGACAUCAUGAGGGUGACCGAGAAUUUGAGUGAGAAGUAUAUAAUUGGCAGCGGCGCAUCGAGCACAGUCUAUAAGUGUGUUCUUAAGAAUUGCAAGCCAGUUGCCAUCAAGAGGCUGUAUACUCACUAUCCACAGUGCUUGAAGGAAUUCGAGACGGAACUCGAGACGAUAGGAAGUGUUAAGCACCGAAACCUGGUUGGCCUUCAAGGCUAUUCCCUCUCCCCUUCUCGGAACCUUCUCUUCUAUGACUAUAUGGAAAAUGGCAGUCUUUGGGAUCUCCUCCAUGUUUCUACCAAGAAGAAAAUUCUCGAUUGGGACACUCGACUGAAGAUCGCACUCGGAGCAGCUCAAGGGUUAUCUUAUUUACAUCAUGACUGUAAUCCCCGGAUCAUCCACAGGGACGUAAAGUCAUCGAAUAUUCUGUUGGACAAGGAUUUAGAGGCUCAUCUUACAGAUUUCGGCAUUGCUAAGAGCUUGUGCAUAUCAAAGUCUCACACUUCCACUUACGUAAUGGGCACCAUUGGUUAUAUAGACCCCGAAUAUGCUCGCACUUCCCGCUUAACCGAGAAGUCCGAUGUUUACAGCUAUGGGAUUGUGCUACUUGAGCUGCUUACAGGAAGGAAACCUGUGGACAAUGAAUCCAAUCUUCAUCAUUUGAUUUUGUCCAAGGCUGCAAACAAUGCUGUUAUGGAAACCGUUGAUCCAGAGAUCACCGCUACUUGCAAAGAUCUCGGAGCUGUUAAGAAAGUUUUCCAGCUUGCCCUUCUAUGCACCAAGAAACACCCAUCAGACCGACCGACAAUGCACGAAGUGACACGUGUUCUAGGAAGUCUCAUGCCGUUAGAAACCCCUCCAAAACAUCUGAACUCGGUCCAACUGGCGCCUCUGCCAUCUACCAAGGUCACUUGCUACAAGGAUGAAUAUGCAAAUCUCAAAACUCCACACUUGGUCAAUUGCCCAUCUAUGAGUACCUCGGAUGCACAACUUUUCCUCAAGUUUGGAGAGGUUAUUUCUCAAAAUAGUGUGUAAAACGAAGUCUAAUGUGCAUUAGAGGAUUGAAUAUCAAAGGAUGUCUUACUUUAGGUGUAGCCAAUAGAUUUGAGAAAGAACCAAAGAUGCUAACUAGUGAUAGUACUACAAAUUCAUGCUUGCAUAUUGACUAUAUGCAGGAUGGACUGAAGGGGGAGUGGGUUAGAGGCAGUCACCCCGUUGAA